AUGGACGACUUAUCGACCCCCUACCAGUCCGCCGGAAAAGGCGAUGACGAGAUCACCGGCAGAAGCAGCCAGAGCGGCGCCGGCGACAGGGCGUCUGCCAUCUUGCCGACGAACAAAGACGUUAUCCUUCGCCAGUUGAGGCAGAUGAUGAACGCGAUCGAUUCAGCUCCGACGCAGCAGGAAGCGCAGAGUGCCGCGGAAAAGCUCAAGAACUAUGUAGUUCGUUUGGGAGAGGAUAACCCUCUUUUUGAAAGCAAGCGGCACAUUUGCAAGCUCCUGUUUGAGAAGGAGGUCAUCUCCAUGGAGCAUGCAGAGUCAGCGCUGCAUGAAAUAAAGACUCUCUGGCCCCGGACCUUCGAUCACCCCAAUGCGGCAAUCAUCAACGCGGAAUUCCUCCAACAGUUGUCGACCCUGUUGGUCAGCUCUCCAGCUGACAUGUCCAUCCGCUACAACCAGCUUGGACGAGUUCUCUGGGUUCUUGCGCAGAUAUUGCCAGAAGAAGCCAUGCCGACGAGCCAAGACCUCCGAACAGCGAUGUACUUUCUACGCGGAUUGGACUUCCAAGGACGGGAGCCGGCUAGCAGCCAUGCCCGGUCAGAGUCCCAGUCCCGCACUUCGACCGAAUGGAUGGAGUACGACAACAAUGAGAUUGACAGAAUGCUCGAUACGUUCAAGAAGGUGAUGGCCCAUCUUACUUCUAGGGUGGCAGCUACGAACAAUGGCAAAACAAGGAUGCCGCCCGCGCCGGACUUCAAUGUCCUCGGAAAGCUAGCAGAUACGAUCGGUUACGAUGGAGCCGCACUCAUUACGGAGGAAGCCUACUCGCACGUAGUAGCCCUGAUGGGCGACAUUUUCAGUGCUGUCUUUGAAGAGCCUCUGAAAAUGAUGAAGACCAACCACCAGGUGUUCCUUGACGAACAUGCCACCAACGACAACAACGACCGAGCGAGCGACCGAACGAAUGACAGAACAAACAGCGCUUUGUUCGUCAACGACGACAUUUACAACCCCUAG